AUGAAUGAGGAACCACUUUGCUUCCCUGCAGGAGCAGCCUGCGAGGAGCUGCAGGUGAUCCAGCCUGACAAGUCCGUGUCGGUGGCAGCCGGAGAGACGGCCACUCUGCGCUGCACCAUGACCUCCCUGCUCCCUGUGGGGCCUGUUAAGUGGUUCAGGGGGUCGGGUCUAGGCCGGCAGUUAGUCUACAGUUUCAGAGGAGGAGCAAAAGACGAAGGCCCCUUCCCCCGAGUAACCAUUGUCUCAGAUGUCACAAUCAGAGACAACAAGGACUUUUCCAUCCGCAUCAGUAGCAUGACCACAGCAGACACUGGGGCCUACUACUGUGUGAAGUUCCAGAAAGGGAGCCCUGACACAGAAGUGAAGUCGGGACCAGGCACGCAGGUCACCGUGAGUGCCAAACCCUCUCACCCUGUGGUAUCGGGACCCACAGAGAGGGCCACCCAUGGACAGACGGUGACCUUCACCUGCAAGUCCCACGGCUUCUCCCCCAGAGACAUCAGUCUGAAGUGGUUCAAAAAUAGGAAAGAGCUGCCAGCCCCCUGGCCCAACGUGGACCCCCCAGGAGAGGCCGUUUCCUACAGCGUCUUCAGCACAGCCAUGGUGCAGCUGGCGCCGGGGGACGUCCGCUCCCAGGUCAUCUGCGAGGUGGCCCACGUCACCCUGCAGGGUGGCAGUCUUUGCGGGACAGCCAACUUGUCUGAGACCAUCCGAGUCCCGCCCACCUUGGAGGUUUCCCAGUAUCCCGCGCCAGGGAACCAGGUGAUUGUCACCUGCCAGGUGAAGGAGUUCUACCCCCGGAACCUACAGCUGACCUGGUUGGAGAACGGACACGUGUCCCGAACAGAGAAGCCCUCGAUUCUCCUGGAGAACAAGGAUGGAACCUUCACCUACAGGAGUUGCCUCCUGGUGAACGCUUUUGCCCACAGGGGGAAUGUGGUGCUCACCUGCCAGGUGGAGCAUGACGGGAAGCCUGCAGUCUCCAAAGCCCUCACACUGGCGGCCUCUGCUCACCAGGGCAAGCAGGACACAGAUGUAACUUCUGGCAAAGAGCAGUCCAUGCCACUCCUCAUCGCUCUCCUCCUGAGCCCCAAGGUGCUGCUGCUGGUGGGUGUCUCUGCCUCCUACAUGCACAGGAAGCAAAGGCCUGACUCUUCCUCCCUCCUCCCUGCUGCCUGUGCCUCCAGCUCUGCAACCUCCUCCCUUCCUGAAGGACCCGCCUAGAGGAGGAGGGACAAGAACCUCCACAGACUCUGCUCUCCAGGCU